AUGGCCGAGAACAGUGGCCUGAGACCGGUUGCGGCUCUCCUCUUAGUUCUCAAUUUCUGCAUGUACGUCAGCGUUGCAGUCAUUGGUGGCUGGGCCCUCAACGUCGCCAUUGACCGCGGGUUCAUCAUAGGUAAGCCGCCUUCAUCUCCGGAGUUGGUGAUUAUUCACGGAAAGAAGCUAGCUGCGGCCAGCCACCGUGGAGAAAGAAACAGGUACUCUUUUCACAUGCCGUCGCCUAGUGCAGGUCCAGGCCUCCAGCUUCCGGCGCACUUCUCACCGGUGUUCUUCCCCAUCGGCAAUGCGGCGUCUGGGUUCUUCGUCAUCUUCGCUCUGCUGGCCGGCGUAGUGGGCGCCGCGGCGGCGGUUGCCGGAGUAGGCAACCUGAGGUCGUGGAACCGGGAGACAGCUCCGGCGGCCAUGGCGGUGGCGCUCGUAGCAUGGGCCCCCACCCUCCUCGCAAUGGGGUAAGUUGCACCUCCGUCGCCACCGUUGAUUCCACCAAGAAUUAUCACUCUUAUCACUCCAACAUCUGAAAAAAACUGCAGAUUGGCUUGCAAGGAGAUCCAUCUAGAGGGAAGAAAUGCUCCACUCGUAAGUCAAUUUUAUCCAACUCCAACAGCCACAUACAUAUAUAUAUAUAUGUAUUCCUCGAAGACUAAUUACUUCCCAGCAUCCCUCCUGCGCCAUUUCCACCAUAAUUAGAAUAUUUUCCAAUCUACGAGAAAAAGAAUACCCGUCAGAAGGUUUACUCAACCUGUUAUAAAUUGUCCCAGAGAACCAUGGAGGCCUUCAUCAUAAUCCUCUCAGCCACGCAGUUGUUCUACGUCGCUACCAUUCAUGGAGCAUCCGCCAUCCCCCCAAGACAUGGUUGA